AUGCGCAUCACCGGAACACUUCUUGUUUUGAUUCUCGCUUACUGUGUCGAUGCCAACUUCACUUCAUUUAUUGACUACGAGACGACAGCUGUGGGUCUUCGAGACGACAAGGACCAAAUCUGUCUUAGCGUCACAUUUGCUGUCACCAUAAUAAAUUUGAAUAUAAAUGGAACAAAUAAUCGAAUUCCAUUUGAUCUCACCUCGACGAAAAUAUCAGGUCAUUGCGCAAAAAAGGCGAAAGGCGACGCUUUGCUCACCGCAAGCAUUGCACGCGAUAACAGGGAGAAGGUCAUGAAGUUCUACUUUGGGACGAAGACUGUUCUUGUGAAGAAAUACGAAGAAUUACGUUGGCAACUGAAAAAAGUUGUUUAUUCGGAGACCUACGGAGGCCAACAAGAGAGAUCGAAAGAAAGUUUUAAGAAGUUUAAAAAAUUCCAGAAGUCGACGAAGGUUGUUCUAACCUUCGUCGACUAUGAGAAAGCCUUUGACAGCGUAGAAACGAAUGCAAUACUGUCAGCGCUGGUCGAUCAAGGUGUGGACGCGUCGUAUGUGAGGACAUUAGCCAAUUGCUACGAACGAUGCACGACUAGGAUACAGCUUUUCCACCGCCCUCUCACCAUACCCAUUGGAAAGGGGGUACGACAAGGCGAUACUAUAUCGCCGAAGCUGUUCACGGCUGCAUUGCAAUGGAUAAUGAAAUCACUGUCCUGGGAAGAAAGGGGCAUACGUGUUGAUGGAAGAUUUCUUUCGAACCUUCGUUUCGCGGACGACAUCGUUCUCUUUUCGAGCAGCACCAAUGAAGCAGAAACGAUGCUCAACGAAUUGAACGAAGCAGGGAAGAGAAUAGGACUACGAAUAAACAGAAAGAAGACACAGUUCAUGAAGAACGCGCACUGCGAGGACGGAGGAGUACAACUUGAAGGCUUCCAAAUCGUGGAAACUCCGUCAUACGUAUACCUCGGACGUUCUAUGAACAUGGAAAACGACUUGAAGGAAGAACUGAAUAGAAGAAUGAGAGCAGCAUGGGCAGCAUUCGCAGCCGUCAGGGAAGCUACGGACCAACUGACGGACCAUGAUCUUCGUGCCCAUCUGUUCGACUCGACAGUCCUUCCAGCGCUCUGUUACGCAGCGGAGACGUGGGCAGACACCGCGGCCACGUCUAGGAAGCUACUUACUACCCACAGAGCCCUUGAGAGAUGCCUUCUGAAGUUGAACCGACGCACACAACACCUUGCCGGUCUUCGUAGCUCCGACUUAAGAGGAAUGUCCCGUCUUCGCGACCCAGCGGAAUAUGUAUCGAAAGCAAAACAUAGAUGGGCCGGUCACAUCAUGAGAAGAAUCGACGAUAGAUGGACUAAAAGAACGCUAGAGUGGAUCCCAAGGGACGCUAAACGCCCCCGAGGGAGACCGCCAACGAGAUGGAGUGACGUGUUCGCUGCACGGAUGGACCAGCUGAGAGCUCAGCUGGAUACGGCUCAAGGACCUCGUCAACGUCACUCACGAAGCUUGAGAACAUCUUGGAUGACAAUGGCGAGGGAACGAAACGAGUGGAAGAGAUGCUGGGGCCCGCACGUCGAGUGA